UUGGGAGGCUGUGGAGAAUGCCGUAAGACAUGGGCUCCCGCAGCAGCAGCAACGCCGGCUCGGGCGGUCGGGAUCGCCAGGGCAGCUGGUUGCCGAGGGACUCUGGGGUCCUGCGCAGCGAGGAGGAGGACGACGAAGACGAGGAUGUGGAUCUGGCCCAGGUACUGGCAUACCUACUGCGCAGAGGACAGUUUCAUCUGAUGCAGGGCGGGGGAGCAGCCAGUGUCCAGGUGGUCCACGCACUGUCCGACUCGGACGACGACAGUGACAGCGCGUGGGAAGGGCGGCUGGGAGACCAGUACAAACCUGCAGUGGAUUUGGCGCCGGACACCCGUGGCCUGGAGAACAAUGAGAUCAAAACUCGCAUCCAGUUGGCGACGGGCAGGCUGGGCCCCAAGCGAACCAACUGCAGUAUCCCCAAGCUGCUUUUCCAGAGAGAGCGUGGCCUUUGCCAUAACGGCAGUUUCUCCCCCGGCGAGUGCUCACGGGUGGUGUCACACUUCCUCCCCAACUACUUGACUUUCACAGACUGCUACUCUCAGAAGGCUUUCUGUGGGAUCUAUUCCCAGGAUGGACAGCUGUUUAUGUCAGCUUGUCAAGACCAGACAAUCCGCUUGUACAACUGCUCCUAUGGAGCCUUCCGGAAAUUCAAGAGCAUCAAAGCGCGGGACGUGGGCUGGAGUGUGCUCGACGUCGCCUUCACCCCGGAUGGGGCCCACUUCCUUUACUCCAGCUGGUCGAACUACAUACACAUUGGCAACAUCUAUGGGGAAAACGAAACCCACACGGCGCUGGAUCUGAGGCCCGAAGAGCGCCGCUUUGCCGUCUUUUCCCUCACAGUCUCCUCAGACGGACGGGAAGUCCUGGGAGGGGCCAACGACGGCUGCGUCUAUGUCUUCGAUAUGGAGCAGAAGAAGCGGACGCUCAAGAUUGAGUCCCACGAAGACGACGUGAAUGCCGUGGCCUUUGCUGACACCAGUUCCCACAUUUUGUUUUCCGGGGGCGACGAUGCCAUCUGCAAAGUAUGGGACCGGCGCACCAUGAGGGAAGGUGACCCCAGGCCGGUGGGGGUCCUGGCCGGUCACCGGGACGGCAUCACCUUCAUAGACAGCAAAGGAGAUGCCCGAUACCUCAUCUCCAACUCCAAGGACCAGACAAUUAAGCUAUGGGACAUGCGGAAGUUCUCGGGCCGCGAGGGGCUGGAAGCAUCCCGCCAUGCCGUCACCCAGCAGAACUGGGAUUAUCGCUGGCAGCAGGUGCCCAAGAAAGCACAGCGCAAAUCGAAGCUCCCAGGCGAUAGCUCGCUCAUGACGUACCGAGGCCACGGAGUGCUACACACCUUGAUCCGCUGCCGUUUCUCCCCCGCCCACAGCACUGGGCAGCAAUACAUCUAUAGUGGCUGCUCGACGGGCAAGGUGGUGGUAUACGACCUCAUUAGUGGCCAUAUUGUGAAGAGGCUGACUGAUCACCGAGCCUGCGUCCGUGAUGUAAGCUGGCACCCCUACGAGGAGAAGAUUGUCAGCAGUUCGUGGGACGGCUACCUCCGGCUGUGGGAAUAUCGCCAAACGGAAUACGACGAAGACGCUUUCCGGAGCCCCCAGCAGCUCCCCACCACCAGAGAACUGCGCCCCAGAUCUUCCUUGAGAGCCUCCAAUCAGUAG